CUUGCUAAUUGAGAACAGAAGUGGAUAUAUCUAUCGAGUGUGAGGAUAAAACUUCAAAUUAUAGAUAUGGCAGCAGUCCACAUUCUGGCGCUGGCUUUGAUGACGGCUCCUGUUUGGGCCAGUUCAUCGCAAUUCCGGCGAUUACCCCAGAGUCAGUCGGUGGUGGAGAAUGAAUCCGCUGACUUUGAGUGCGAGUCCACGGAUCCGUCCAGCGAACUGCACUACGAGUGGUUGCAUAAUGGUCAUCGGAUCGCGUACGACAAGCGUGUCUAUCAAAUCGGCUCCAAUUUGCAUAUCGAGGCAGUGCAGCGGCCGGAGGAUGUCGGCGACUAUGUCUGCAUCGCGACAAGUUUGGCCAGCGGCGCCAGGGAGGCGUCUCCGCCAGCCAAAUUGAGCGUGAUAUAUCUCGACUCGGCCAAUGUGCAGCUGCUGGGCAACAAUCGCAACGAACUGCUGCUCAAGUGCCACGUGGAGGGCGCCUCCGGGGAUCAGGAGCCGCUCCAGAUCGAAUGGUAUCGCAACAGUGCCAAGCUUAGCAGCUGGAUGAACGUCCAGCUGGAUCAGCAUCGCCUGGUGGUACGUCAGCCCACUGCCUCGGAUGAUGGCCUCUACCGUUGCACUGCCUCCAAUGCAGCUGGCCGAGUGAUGAGCAAACAGGGCUAUGUCUAUCAAUCGAAUUUAAAAUGUCUGCCCAGGCUGCCCAGGAGGAAGAACCAGAAGCUACUGGAGUCCUGGAAUAAGCAGACUUUCCUGUGCCGUGGAAAGCGUGGAGGAUCCGGUGGAAUAGAGUCAUUGCCUGCUGCUCCCGAGGACCUGAGGAUUGUCCAGGGACCCACUUACCAAGUGGUCAUCAAGGAGGGUGAACCGACAGCUUUGACCUGUCUCUAUGAACUUCCCGCCGAGCUACAGAAUCAGAGGAUUCAACUUCGCUGGCGCAAGGAUGGCAAAAUCAUGAGGCAAGUGGAGUUAGGCGGAUCGGUGCCCAUUCCGGGACACUCCUCUGACUCUGGCAAGGAUGCCCUGCUCAGGGAAGACGCCCGUUUAGUGCUUCACAAGCAAAAUGGAACCCUGAGCUUUGCCAGCAUCAUAGCCAGCGAUGCUGGGCAGUAUCAGUGCCAGUUGCAGUUGGAGGGACAUGCUCCGAUCAACUCAUCACCUGGCAUCCUGGAGGUCAUUGAACAACUGAAGUUUGUGCCGCAGCCUACGUCUAAGAAUCUGGAACUGGAUGCAGUGGUGGCCAAGGUGCAUUGCAAGGCCCAAGGCACACCGCCACCACAGGUGCAAUGGCUAAGGGAUGGCGUUAAUACCUCGCUGCCCGAUCAAGUGGAAGUGGAUGCCAAUGGAACGCUUAUCUUCAGGAAUGUCAACUCGGAGCACAAGGGCAACUACACGUGUUUGGCCAAUAACAGCCAGGGUCAGAUUAAUGCCACUGUGGCCAUAAAUGUUGUGGUAACCCCCAAGUUCAGUGUACCGCCAGUGGGUCCCAUAGAGACCGCUGAGCUGGGCACUGUAGUGAUGCACUGCCAGGCUAUUGGAGAUCCCAAACCAACCAUACAGUGGGACAAGGAUCUGAAGUACCUCAGUGAAAACAACACGGAUCGAGAGAGAUUUAGAUUCCUGGAGAAUGGAACCCUGGAGAUUCGUAACGUCCAGGUGGAGGAUGAGGGCAGCUAUGGCUGCACCAUUGGCAACAGUGCCGGACUCAAGCGAGAAGACGUCCAGUUGGUGGUGAAGACUGCCGGUGAUGGUUUUCCGCCCGAGGAAACUGGCGGCGAUGGCUUCUUAGUUACACGAGCUGUUCUGAUCACCAUGACAGUGGCUUUGGCCUACAUUGUGCUCGUGGUGGGUCUUAUGCUUUGGUGUCGAUAUCGUCGUCAAGCUCGGAAGGCACGCCUGAACGAGCUGAGCACCAAGGAGGCUGGCGGAGAUCAGCCAGAGCCCGCUGCUAAUGGCAAGGGCUCCGAGCAAGAGCCAUGCCUCUCCAAGCAGCGCAAUGGCCACAGCAAAUCCCGAUCCAAGUCCAGCGGCGAUGCCCAGAAGUCCGAUGAUACCGCCUGCAGCCAGCAGUCGCGAGCCUCCAAGAAAUCCUCUCACAUUUAUGAGCAACUGGCUCUGCCUCGCUCUGGCCUCAGCGAACUCAUUCAGAUCGGACGCGGCGAGUUCGGAGAUGUGUUUGUGGGCAAGCUGAAGGCCACCCUGAUAGCAGGUGGUGGCUCCUCCUCACCCUCUGACAAGGAUGCGGAUACAGAGAAGCAACAUAGCAACAGUGAGAAUGGCAGCGGUGGCAGUGGGAGCGGAAGCACCACCCUCAGCACUUUGAAUGAGAAGCGACGCUCCAAAACCUCAAUGGAUGACAUCGAAGAGAUUAAGGAGGAGGAGCAGGAGCAGCAGCAACAAGACCAGAAUGGCAUUGAUCAGUUGGUCCUGGUUAAGGCACUCAACAAGGUAAAGGACGAGCAGGCCUGCCAGGAGUUCCGGCGACAGCUGGAUCUGCUGCGCGGCAUCUCGCACAAGGGUGUGGUGCGUCUCUUUGGGCUUUGUCGUGAGAAGGAUCCCCACUAUAUGGUCCUCGAGUAUACAGACUGGGGUGAUCUCAAGCAGUUCCUGCUAGCCACCGCUGGAAAGGUCAACACAGCCACCGCUGGAUCCUCAUCACCGCCGCCACUGACCACCAGCCAGGUGCUGGCUGUGGCCUAUCAGAUUGCCCGUGGCAUGGAUGCUAUAUACAGGGCAAGGUUUACACACAGGGAUCUGGCCACUCGUAACUGUGUCAUCUCCAGUGAAUUCAUAGUCAAGGUCUCCUAUCCGGCUCUCUGUAAGGACAAGUACAGCCGCGAAUACCACAAGCACCGCAACACGCUGCUCCCCAUCCGCUGGCUGGCGCCGGAAUGCAUCCAGGAGGAUGAGUAUACCACCAAGAGCGAUAUCUUUGCCUAUGGCGUUGUGGUGUGGGAGCUCUUCAAUCAGGCCACCAAGCUGCCGCAUGAGGAGCUCACCAAUGAGCAGGUGGUGCAGCGUUCCCAUGCUGGAACUUUGGAGUGGACAGUGGCUGAUGCCACUCCUGAUAGUCUGAGGGAGAUACUGCUCUCCUGCUGGGUAUCGAACCCCAAGGAAAGACCUUCCUUCAGCCAAUUGGGGGCUGCCCUGAGCAAGGCCAUGCAGAAUGCCGAGAAGUGAGGCCCAGGACUGACAGAGCGAAUGCCAAAAAGUAAAUCGUAGUGUUCUCUUUAAAAUCUGCCCGAGCAUUAUUUUCUUUGAACCCUAGUCUUAAGUUUCGAUGGGCGCCUGUUCAACAUGCGUACUUAAAGGAAUAUGGAUCGAU